GGAGGGUCAGGGCAGCAGCCGGCAGUCCUGCGCUCACUCGCUACUUAGAGAUGCUGCGGAACGGGUCUGCCGGGGCCGCCUCCGCCCCCAACGGCGCUUCCGCCCGACCCGUGCGCGUCUGGUGCGACGGAUGUUAUGAUAUGGUGCAUUAUGGACAUUCCAACCAGCUGCGCCAGGCUCGUGCGAUGGGGGAUUAUCUUAUUGUGGGAGUCCACACAGACGAGGAGAUCUCCAAGCAUAAAGGUCCUCCCGUCUUCACACAAGAGGAGAGAUACAAAAUGGUGAAGGCCAUCAAGUGGGUGGAUGAGAUCGUGCCAGGAGCUCCCUAUGUUACAACACUCGAAACUCUGGAUAAAUACAAUUGUGACUUCUGUGUACACGGGAAUGACAUCACACUUACUGUGGAUGGCAAGGACACUUACGAAGAAGUGAAGAAUGCUGGGAGAUACCGGGAAUGUAAACGCACUCAGGGAGUGUCCACCACAGAUCUGGUUGGCCGUAUGCUGCUCAUGACCAAGGCUCACCACAGUAACAUUGAUGAAGAUAUGGAUUAUCGGAAGCACACAGAUAACUUUGGGAAGGUGCCUGCUUGGGCAAACCAUGAUAGUCCGACAGUACUUUCUGGUCCUAAAGGUCACAGCCCCUGGACUGGAGUCUCUCAGUUUCUACAGACAUCCCAGAAGAUCAUCCAGUUUGCCUCCGGCAAAGAGCCACAACCAGGAGACACCAUCAUCUACGUGGCUGGUGCCUUUGACCUCUUCCACAUUGGUCACGUGGAUUUUCUGGAGAAAGUGCACAAGUUGGCAGAGCAACCCUAUGUCAUUGUGGGGCUGCAUUUUGACCAGGAGGUGAAUCUGUACAAAGGCAAGAAUUAUCCCAUCAUGAAUGUGCAUGAACGAACUCUCAGUGUUCUGGCUUGCAGGUAUGUUUCUGAGGUGGUGAUUGGAGCACCUUAUGCAGUCUCUGCUGAUCUGCUGGAUCAUUUUAAGGUAGAUAUUGUAUGCCAUGGGAUGACUGAGUUGGUACCAGACAGGGACGGUUCAGACCCAUACGAGGAGCCCAAGAGACGUGGUAUCUUCCAGCAGGUGGACAGUGGCAACAAUCUCACCACGGAUCUGAUAGUGCAAAGAAUAAUUAAGAACAGGUUGGAGUUUGAAGCCCGAAACCAGAAGAAAGAAGCAAAGGAACUGGCUGUGCUGGAAGCCAUGAAAAGAAGAGAGGAGGGCAAGCAGACGGCAGCUGUAUCGUGCCAGGAGGACCAUGAGAGCUAGCAUGGGGAGGAGUGCAGCAGAAUCCUCCCCUCCUGAAGCUGCAAAAUUUUCCUGGAGGACAGGAUACUGUUGGCAGCCGCAGCAAGGACUGUGGUCACAAUCCUCCUGGCUUCCAGUGCACGAGCUGCAUUUGGGCAUUCAGGGUGCUGCUGCUACUUAGCCCAGGCCCACUUCCCACAGGAAGAUUUUUAACACUGCCCUCCCAAUAACAGGUUUUAAAUCCUAUUAACAUAACACUAUGUGGUUUUACCUUCUGACAGUUUCUGACGUAUUAGAGCUGGGGAGUGAGGAUCGUCUCUGCUCCCCUUCUUUUUGAUGCUUCACCUUUUACAGCAUCCCUCUAAUUUCUGUCUGCCAGACACAGUUUUGGUAACCUUUAAAGUUCUCCUUCCUGGCCUGGCUCAUUGCCUAAAGUACAGAUGAGGGCCUAGAGUGCUCCUUGGGGUCGGGCCAGAUGCCCUUCGCAUUUGCCUGGAGACUGGCCACUGCAUUUCCCUACUGGGCACAAAGAGAAAAAAGCGGUAUAGAGCCAGCCUGCUGCUGAUUCCACUGCCUUUUUUUGAAUCUUUUCAGUCUGUUAUUGUGGAUGGAGUUUAGACAGCCUCAGGCUUCCCCACUGACAGACUGCGUCCUGCCUCUUCUGUGCUCAGGCCAUGUUUGUUGAUAGGUUCGUCAACUUAGCAGCAGCAUGACGAGGCUAAAAAACUAUAUAUUACCACAGCAUAAAAAGAAUGGUGUAAGUGUUCUAAAGAUCUCAUUGGGGCUAGAGCUGCUUCCUCUAUAGACCUGGCCCACUUGAGGCUUCACAGUCUUCCACACUGGCCUUGUGGUUCUUUCAGAGUGGGACCGAGCCCAGCGCACUUUCCAUAAUAUUUACUGCUUUGUACAACCAAGCCAGGUGUCGCUUGACUGAGGCCCCUUUCCUCACACGUUGCAGGGAACACAUUGGGGUUAUGUAUAAAGAUCGUGUCAUUUUCUUCACCGGCAGGCUUUUUUCUAUCAAUCGUAUAUUUUCAGCAGUGGAAAUUAAUAAAAUGUUGAUAACUUGUG